ACUUGAGUGGUGACACUCCUUUGGAAGACAGUUACACCAUAACUCGUAUGUUUGGAAAUGUCCAAGUUACUGUUAAAUUUGGAGAUCUGCUCGCAGAGGGAACACACUGCAUAGUAAAUAGUACAAACGAAGACCUGGACAUGUCAAUUGGUGCUGUAUCCAAAGCUAUUUUGCAAAAGAGGGGUCAAAGCCUGCAAAAAGAAAUUGAUCAGAAAAAGAGUAUGAUGAACAGUGAGCAUUUAGUAAUAACUAGUGCUCCAAAUCUACCUAGUAAGACAAUUUUGCACAUUGCUUUGAAUGCAAGAAAUGGAUUACAAAAUGAUGUAUUCAAUUGUUUAAACGAAGCAGAAAAACAAAACAUGAUAAGCAUCGCAUUUCCAGCUCUUGGCACAGGUGGACUUAUAUGGGGUGUGCCAAAUAUACCAAAAUGUGCUAAAGGAAUGACAAGGGCUGUCAAAACGUUUUCAAGUAAGAACCCGAAACAUUUAAGGGAUGUGCGGUUUGUGGUUUUUCAAAGAGAAAUGUUUAAUCCAUUUUAUACCACACUUGACGCAGAAAGUGAAACGAAAACCAAACAAAAUGUGGUAUCUCGGAUGUUGACACAUUUAAAAAACAAGGUGAACAAUUCGGAAAACUCUGAUGAAAGUCAAAAAGAUUCUGAUGUCAACAAAGUUACAUUUUGCAUCUAUUCAUUCGGCGAAGAUGAAAUGGACAAAGCGAUAAGGAAACUAGAUUCAUUUCUUGAAAAAGAAAUGGAGUCAAAGAUAUUCACUGAUUACAUUAUACAGCAACUUGAUACGAAUCAGGUUGGGGAAAUUAGAUCAAUCGCACUUCAACAUAACAGUGAAAUUAAAAUAGACAAACAAAAAUGUAUGAUAAAGAUUUGCGGAAUGAAAGACAAUUUUUUCGAGGCAUAUGAUAAAAUUCAGAGUUUCAUCAAGAAUGCAAUUCAAAUAGACUACAUGUCCAACAUUGCCCAAUGGUAUUUCAUUGAAGUAACAUACGAUGGGGACGAGGUUCUUGAGUAUGACAGAGAUCUCAACUUAAAGAUAGAAACUGCAUACAAACAAAAUGAUAGACAGAUGGGAUACAGCUAUGAUGGAAAGAAAUACAUAAUUGACUUUGAAAGAAUGGAAGAAUAUCCCGAAGAUGACAAGUCAAACGUGUUAAAGGUGCUCAGGAGAAAUGUUGUUAAGGGAGGUGCAACUGAUAUUCCACCUAGGUGGGGUGAUUUACAAGGAGGGAAUCUUAGCGUGGUUGAUCUUAAACAAGAUGAACAAGAGUACAAAGAUAUGGAACAGAUAUUUCUAAACUCUGUCUAUCAAUACAAUUUCAACGUUAAAAAGAUCCAGAGAGUGCAAAAUAAAACGCUUUGGGAACAAUACCAAAGCAAACUAAAACAAUUAGAAGAAAAAAAUAAACCAGGAACGCAAAAUGAAAGAAUGUUAUGGCAUGGUACAAGAGUUGACGCAGUUGACAGCAUAUAUGCCCAUGGAUUCAAUAGGAGUUUUUGUGCACAAAAUGCUGUUGCCUUUGGCAAAGGUGUCUAUUUUGCCGUUGAAGCUGAUUACUCAUGUGAUAAUACUUACUCUGUACCAGACCCAAAUGGUGUGAAGAGAAUGUAUUAUUGUCGAGUACUCACUGGUGAAUACACCAAAGGGUCACACGGACUGCGACAACCUCCAGAAAAACCUUCCGGUGGACCACACAGCCUGUACGAUUCUGUUAUUAAUGACCCUAAUAACAUCAAAAUGUUUGUUGUUUUUAACGAUACCCAAGCAUACCCAGAAUACAUAUUGUCCUUCAAAUAAAGAAUAGCUGAGUUUUAUGUGAUGGUUUUAAGUCUUACAAUUCAUACAGAAAAGUAACAGUGAAUGGUACAAUAGACUUCAAGAAAUCUCUUAAAAGUAAUACGAGUGACAAAAUUGGUACUGUUAUUUUAAGUAACAAAUGUUCAUGAUUUGAAUAAAAUGACGAACAGUAAAAACUGAUAAAAAUGUUUAAAUAUAAUGCAAAAAUAUAUAUGAUUGACUUUUGUAUGUGAAGUCUUUUCAAAUUAGUCAUUUAUGUACUACAUUUUUGUCAAGAUUAGCUUUAGUUUGUCAUAUGGACAUGUUUUUAUAAAGUAAUAUUUUGUUGCAUGUUAACCUC